AUGUGGAAUCCAGAGGAUUCUCAGUCUCGCCUGGCCCCUCAUCCAACUGAACAGAGUGUAUCAACUAACAAAAUAAGUGAGUCCUUGCCGUUGGAUGAAAUCGACGAGAGCACGGCAUCGUCGGUAGUGGUACCUCUUCCUACGAAAGUGCAUGCUCGUAAAAGCAAAAUUUGGAGAGAUUUGGGAAAUGUGUCAGAAGAAUCUUCCCAUACGAAAUUUUAUAAGCAAAACAGAGAGAAAAAGGAGUUCGAACAGACGACCAGGGAGGAAUUCUACAGUAUAUCCGAGUCGCUAUCAGGGUCAUCAGACACUUUCGAGUGUAUCCAUGGCCCUCACGGCAAAGAAUACACGGCGAAAGGGUUGCUGAAAAGAAAUCUUUUGAAGAACUUGGAUCCCAUUCCGAAAGACCCCAAAUGGACUGCCGAUUGUCCUCCAUCAUUCGGCUGGGAUAUGGCUCAGACACUCGAGGAUAUGGUUCGGUGUCCCACCGUGGAGAGACAAAUAGAUCGCUUCCAGGAACAUCUCAGUGACUUCGCCAGAAUCAGCAGCAAUGGAUACCGUGUUGACGUUCUGAGCAACGUUUGCGUAGUUUUAAACUACUUAUUAGAGGCGGUAGCCGAUUAUCCUUUCCUAAAACCUGGACUGGUGUCACUACUGAAGAACUUGAACCACCCCAUUUUUUUAGUAAAGGCAUCCGACGUGGUCACCUAUUUCGACAUGCUUAGAAACUUCAUUGGGUAUAUAGGUUUCCUCUUAAUAGAGCUGGAAGACAACACACUCUUCGAUAUAGUAGCUGCUUCUCUGAUCUGGCACCUGUCGGCUCCGGAUAAGAUGAGAGGACCGGGGACAGUUCACCUGCGACACUCCUUGACUGCAGCAGCUCCCGUGCUCCGUCAGACCACCGUCAGAAUGCUCGCCAUCGCCAGAUCACAUAAAUUCCCCAUAUUUUUGGAGAUCGCACUUCUUCUAGCUUACGAUACGGCGGAGAAUUGCAUAGAAAUGAUGAAAGAGAAUAUUUUAGAAAACUUAUUCUACCGGUUUAAUCCUUAUUUUCCCGAGAGACAACUGGAGAGUUACGACAUUAGCCCUUUGGAUUGUCAUGAUCCUACUGUGAAAUUAGGCGAGAGUAGCGUGAACAUGACCACGACUCUCACAAUUAUGCUUGUCCUUGUAAAGACUACUAGAGAGUAUUUGGACAAAAAUCCCAAGUUCAAAUCGCAACUGCCAUGCCCGGAUUGUUAUGCACAAAGAUGUUUCAUUUGGGCCUAUCGAUACGAGUGUCGGGCUAGGGAACAUCGACAUGAAAGAAUCACUCUAACCGUGAUAGCAGCAGUUCUAAACAAAAUCUUCGGCGAACGUCUACUUCUCUUCUCUUCUAUAUUUAUGGGAGACAUUAUAUCCCUGUCAGUUCUCACCGAGUUACCUCCAAGGACAGACUGGACCGCGACCGUCAACUUCACAACAGGACAACAAGACGUCCAGUUCAAGAAGUUACUCAUUUUCUUUGUUGUUGAUUUGUUGAAAACGUUCCCUUAUAAUAAGUUCAUGAUGCAAUCACGUUACUGGCUCCUCGGAAUGGUGUACCUUCUGGACCCCGGUCUCUGUCACCUCCGAGCGCGUUGGUCACCGCCUCUCUUCGCAGAAUUACGCAAGACUGCGCUCCAGGCUCUGGUCUGUGCGAUACCCUUGUGUGACCCUAGUUGGGUGAGGGACUAUGGUCUGAUUAGAAGAAUAAUGUGGUACAUUGAAUGGUACUCAGAAAAUCCGUAUGAGAUUUCUGUGCUGUACUGGUGUGUGAGGUUGCUGCAGGUCGCAACCUAUCACACUCGGAAACCAGAACGAGACCAAGCCAUUCAGGACCUUUUCAAUACACACGGGAUUGUUAUAAUUAUUCAUCUCUGCCAAACUCUCAUGGAACAGAAGCUACCGCCAGUGGAGAGAAGUCAGGCAGUCCUCGCCCUGUCGCUGCGCCUGUUGACCAGCUCUGUACAUAUGAAGAGGAGUGUGACCUGCUGUGUCUACCCUAACAUUAAGUGGCCUAAUUCUGUCAACUCACUCGCGAGGAAGAUGGUCGAUGUAGUCUUGUAUUCACUUGAUAAGCACUUUAUUGUUAGUGAUAGGUGGCUAGUAUCCCUAUUAAAUUUCAUUUGGGAAGCGAUUAUAUGGAAUCCGGCAUACAGAGAAAGGUUUGUAGGCAACGAUGGCAUAUACAAGUUACUGGACAUUAUUACGAUGACUCGACCAGCAGUUCAAUGCAUCGCACUAGCGGUGGUAUGCGACAUCGCUCGCGCCGGCGAUGCAGUCGGCCAGCUGGUAUCAUGGCGAGCCAAUCUUGGAGCCUCUAAUGCGAACCCAAACGUAGUGCAACGCGGUGCAACUAUCGCGAGCCUACUGGCAUCAGUGUUUCGUGAAGGGUGUCGGUCUUUAGGAGUAAAACUUGACGAAAAUGGAGUAUUACAAGAAUUAAAUCACCCAAUCAUGUCAGAGGAUGUUCGCAACGAGCUGGAGAACACAGAUGAAUAUUAUGCUGUCAAUCAUUCACCCCUUUUGUGCUUCGCUGCAGAAGACAUGGCUGGUUCCUGUAUGUCGAAGGCCUUCGCUAUAUUGCAUAUGCUGUCUGAAGACCUAAACGACAGAGUGGAACUAGCUGAUGAAGCCUAUAAUUUGUACAAGAACAUAAAGUUGACUUUGGAAGACGAGGUGACAUUAGUGCUUUGUUCUCAUUACCUGACGCUAAAAUUAAAUGAAGUAUGGAUGGAGACAAAGGUACAAUGCGUGAAAAUGUUUGAGCCAGACAGUGUUGUUGUCGACGACUUCCUUAAUGUUGGCAAAGGCUGGGCCAAAGAAAUAAAACGCCAGCAAGAAGACGUUAUUACAAAAGACCGAAAGAAGGAAAGAGAAGAAGAGUGUUCUUUAUACGCCUUUCUGGGUCGCAUUCGUCUGAAUAUUGCGCUCGAUGCUUUGCGCACUGUACGCUGUGUGGCUCGUUCCUCGGAUAAUGCGCGCAUAAGGCACGCUAUGCUGCAUGAUGCCGUGUUCGCACACCAUCGACGAUCGCUAUGCGUAAAGAAUAACGCCCCAACACUGUUGCGCACUUACAAGGCACCUCUUGAUGAUCAGAACAUUACCGGACAAAAUGUAAAGGUGAGCAGCAUUCGUCCCAAGAACAGAAGGGAUUCGCUGGACUUUGAAAUGGAAGUCGAAAUUUCAGAGGAAACGCAGACUAGUGAAUAAAUUGCGCUGUCCGUCUGUCAACCAUUUAUCGUCAUUAGCACCUCACAAUAAAACCUUUCACCUUUCUCGGCACUUGUGUCGUCUUAGAUAUUAAUAUGCAAGUCUACAGGGUAACUCGUACUGUUGCGCCUGCAUAUAAUUUAAUCUUUCUUUUUUCAUAUAUUUCUUGUCAGCACACCCACUAUCCGUAACUUUUGCUGUAUAAUUCUUUUAAAGUCAACGUCUUUAUGACUUUAAUCUUAUGCAAGGAAAAGGACAAGAAGGUAGGUAUUCUAAUUAAUACAUAUUUUCGUUGCAAUUAUGAUAUGUUAUAUAGGAAUGUAUAACUAUGUUAAAAAUGAAAAACCAAUAAAUUUUUAUUAGAAAGGUCUGUAUUUUAUUUCAAAGCCGUUAAUGUCCAUGUGUAAACAUUCAUUACAAAUCUAUGAAGCUAAUGUAUUACGAAACGCAACACAAACACGGUGUUUGCAACACUUACAAGCUUGUUACACUAGCAUACAAUGUCACGUAACAUGUUACACAAAACAUUAUGAUGGUGCAUUCUACAGAACUUUGUCAAGGAAUGUCCUAUUUUAAUAUGCAACAUGUUUCCAGUUGUCACUUCGACAGACUGUCGCAUAACACGUUACGUGACACGUUGCUAUCUAGUGACAUUGGCUUAAUGAUAACACAACUUAUCUACUAGAUAGGUAUACAAACUGCUACAGGUAGAGUACAAUCGAUUUCUUUUUAUUAUUAAAUGUAUUACUACUUCUAAAUGUCUAUAUUUCCCAUAGGCUGGUCAAUUGAAAUCUUGUUUUAUGUUUUUUCAACUGGUAGCAUUUUCGAUAGAAUAUGUCAGAUUGGACAUCGACCAACUUCUCAGAAACAAGAUGUUUAACAUAAUAGUGAUAUUGAUGAUAUAUACAUCUGCGUAUGUAUUAUGCGUCUACGUAACUCGUUUUAUGGUACUUAGAAACAAAAUUUUAUUAGAUAGGUGAAAUAUUAUGAUGUUAAACAAAAUGAUAAUUUACAAAUGCAAUAAACAUGUUAAAACUGUAGUUUAAAUAAUCUAUGGUAGUGUUGAUGAUGAUUUAGUUUGUCUUCACACAACUAUUUCUAUAAAUAAAUUAAUUAGUACACAAAAACGUUCAAUUGUAAUUCGCUUAAAACAGUUAUUUAAAAUAUCUAUGAAAUGGCUAAAAUAUCAUGAUUUGUGAUUUUUGUAGUUUAAAAUAAAUAUUUUUAGCAUGAUUUUGAUUGAUUAAUUAAAUGAUUUUCUCUAUUUGAACAGGAUAGUGACAUUUAUAGUGAAC